AUUUUAAGGAUCACCUAAAUAAAGUGUAUGAAGCCAUCGAGGAAGCAGACUUUUUGGCUAUUGAUGGCGAAUUUUCAGGAAUCAGUGAUGGGCCAUCUGUUAGCACAUUAACCAAUGGCUUUGACACACCAGAAGAAAGGUAUCAAAAACUUAAAAAGCAUUCCAUGGAUUUCUUGCUUUUUCAGUUUGGCCUUUGUAGUUUUAAAUAUGACCACACAGAAGCUAAAUACAUAAUGAAAUCAUUCAACUUCUAUAUUUUUCCAAAACCCUUCAAUAGAAGUUCACCAGAUGUCAAGUUUGUCUGUCAGAGUUCAAGUAUAGACUUUUUAGCAAACCAAGGAUUUGAUUUUAAUAAAGUUUUUCGCAAUGGAAUUCCAUAUUUAAAUCAGGAAGAGGAAAAACAAUUACGGGAGCAGUAUGAUGAAAAACGUUCUCAGGCAAAUGGUGCAGGGACCCUAUCGUACAUUUCCCCUAAUGCCACAAAGUGUCCUGUGACUAUUCCUGAGGAUCAGAAAAAAUUCAUUGAGAGAGUGGUGGAGCAAAUAGAAGAUUUGAUACAGAAUGAAGAAAACAAGAGUUUGCAGUUGGAGCCAUGCACAGGAUUUCAGAGGAAACUAAUUUAUCAGACCUUGAGCUGGAAGUAUCCAAAAGGUAUCCAUGUUGAAACUCUGGAGACAGAGAAGAAGGAAAGAUACAUUGUCAUUAGCAAGGUAGAUGAAGAAGAGCGCAAAAGAAGAGAACAGCAGAAACAAGCAAAAGAACAGGAAGAACUCAGUGAUGCAGUGGGAUUUUCCAGAGUCAUUCAUGCCAUUGCUAAUUCUGGCAAACUUGUUGUUGGACACAACAUGCUACUGGAUGUCAUGCACACGAUCCACCAGUUUUACUGUCCCCUACCUGAAGACCUAAGUGAGUUUAAGGAGUUAGCGGCAUGUGUCUUUCCCAGACUAUUGGAUACUAAACUGAUGGCAAGUACGCAACCUUUUAAGGAAAUUAUUAACAACACAUCCCUUGCAGAACUGGAAAAGCGUUUAAAAGAGAUUCCAUUCAACCCUCCUGAAGUUGAAAGUGCAGAAGGGUUUCCCAGCUAUGACACAGCUUCUGAACAACUUCAUGAAGCAGGCUAUGAUGCUUACAUAACAGGACUGUGUUUCAUCUCCAUGGCUAACUACCUAGGUUCAUUUCUCAGUCCUCCGAAAAAUCAUGUAUCUGCUAGAUCAAAACUCAUUGAACCCUUUUUUAACAAGUUAUUUCUUAUGAGGGUAAUGGACAUACCAUAUCUCAAUUUGGAAGGACCAGACUUGCAGCCAAAACGAGACCAUGUUCUUCAUGUUACAUUUCCCAAAGAGUGGAAGACUAGUGAUCUUUACCAGCUUUUCAGUGCCUUUGGUAAUAUUCAGGUAUCUUGGAUUGAUGAUACAUCAGCAUUUGUGUCACUUAGCCAGCCAGAACAAGUACAAAUAGCUGUAAACACCAGCAGGUAUGCUGAAAGUUAUAGGAUCCAGACCUAUGCCGAAUAUGUUGAGAAAAAACAUGAAGAGAAACAAGCAAAAAGAAAGUGGACAGAAGAUAGUUGGAAGGAGAUGGAGAGAAAGCGGUUAAAAACGCAGUACACACCAUACAUUCCCCAGAGUCGGUACUACUGUGUUAACAGUUUUACAGCUACCAGCACAAUGGGAAAAAGAAGUAUGAGUCCUAUUCAAGAGGAAACUGGCUCUGAUGAUAUGGAAGAGAGAGAAAUCCAAGAGACAGAGCUUGAUGAAACAGAUUGCUACGCAGAGUCUGUUCCAGAGGGAAGGAAGAGAGCCAAAAAGUUCAAAAAAGUCAAGAAGGAGCAAGAGCCAACAGGAAGCAUCACAAGCGGUUCCACAGAACUCUUUGAAGUUCCUGACACGUGGUAGCCAACAUCUGUAUUAAUAAAAAGUGAAGCUGAUUCAAAGCAAUUGCAAGAGUAUACCACUUGGAAGCCAUACUUAAUUUAAAUAAAAAGUGGUGUUAAAAAAAGAA